AUGAAGUUACCUAGUUGGCUCUAUGCAGAUCAUUUGGCUAAAGAUCUUUCUGGACGUGAAGCCUUUUUAAACAAUGAAGAUUUGAAACCAGUUGAAUGUGAGCGACGUCUUUGGGGACCCGGGAAUUUCGUUGCAUUUUGGCUUGCUGAUUCAAUUAAUAUUAAUACAUGGAUGAUUAUUUCAAGUAUGGUAGUUGGGGGAUUGGCCUGGUGGGAAGCAUGGCUUUGUGUUUGGAUUGGUUAUACAAUUGUGGCUAUAUUCAUCUGUCUAUCUGGGAGAGUCGGUGCGACAUAUCAUAUUUCAUUCCCAGUCGUCAGUCGAUCAUCGUUUGGCGUGUUUGGUUCACUCUGGCCUGUUCUCAAUCGAGGUUUUAUGGCGUGUGUCUGGUACGGUGUCCAAGCAUGGCUAGGUGGACAGUGUUUUGUACUUAUCUUUCGGUCUAUCUGUCUUUCGUACGAAACAUUACCGAACACUCUACCAGCAUCAUCUGGUACGAACACACGGGACUUCGUUGGUUUUAUUAUAUUUUGGACACUUUCAUUGAUCGCGAUCUGGUUUCCCGUACAGAAAAUACGAAUUCUAUUCACUGUUAAAUCAAUUGUCGUACCCGUUGCAGCCACAGCAUUUUUUAUCUGGACCCUGGUGAAAGCGAAAGGUCUUGGUCCUGUUGUUCAUCAACGAGGUACACUUACAGGUAGUCUACAUGCUUGGUCUUGGAUGAGUGGAAUUAUGAGUUGUAUUUCAAAUUUUGCCACACUUAUUGUUAAUAAUCCAGAUUAUACUCGCUUUGCUACCAGUCCAUCAGCAGUUUUCUGGCCACAAAUACUCACUAUUCCAAUCAGCUUCUCCGUCACAUGCUUCAUCGGCGUAAUUGUCGGCUCAUCAUCAAAUGUGAUCUUCGGCCAAGCUAUUUGGAAUCCACUAGAUCUCCUAGGCAAAUUCCUUGACAAUCAGCCGACAGCUGGAACACGUGCCGGUGUCUUCUUUAUCUCAGUAGCAUUUGCUCUAGCUCAGCUCGGUGUAAACAUUGCAGCAAAUUCUGUGUCAGCAGGAUCUGAUUUAACGGCACUUUUACCAAAGUUUCUCAAUAUUAGACGAUCCGGUUAUAUUUGUGCUGUAAUCAGCUUAUUCAUCUGUCCGUGGAAUCUCCUCGCUAGUUCUUCAACGUUCACCAUCUAUCUAUCUGCAUACUCGACUUUUCUCUCAUCGGUUGUCGGCGUUAUGAUAUCGGACUAUUAUUUUGUACGAAAAGGUUACCUAGACAUUGAAGAACUAUAUUCAGGAUCAAAAAAAGGUGCUUAUUACUUUACAUUGGGCGUGAAUUGGCGAGCGUAUGUUGCAUAUAUAGCAGGUAUUCUUAUUAAUGUGGUCGGAUUUGCCGGUGCAGUGGGAGCACGUGUCCCAACUGCAGCACAGAAUAUGUAUCAUUUAAAUUUCUAUCUGGGAUUUAUUGUUUCUUCGCUUAUAUACUAUGGACUGUGUAAACUAAGUCCAGUGCCAGCGUGUGGUCAAAUAUGGCCAAGUGAAAUUAUUGAUGAUAACGAUAAUGACAUUGUUCGCGAUGUCGUGACUGUCGAUACGGAAAUACAGAAUGGUAGUAAUAAAUUACAAGAUCAGAAAAUAGUCGAUGAAAUUAUUUAUUUUUGA